CGCGCGCGCGUUUUUUUCUUGUUGGCGCCCAAGGAAAAUACUGGCAAUUCAAUUGCAUAACAAUACACGGCAUAACGGUAUCGUUAUCGCGCAUAUCCUCAGUCAGAUAUUGACGUGCUUACGCUAACGUGCGCUGCGACGCCUGCUCCCGCCUUGUAGUGUUUUCCGUGUCCGCAACGAAAAAAAAAAUAGAUAAAAUUGGACUAUUAAAAAUUCACGAAUAAAUCAACAUUACGGAGUGUCAAUGCCUAAAUAAUUAAUCGAGUGUCUACCAAACGGUAUGCCGUGCCUACGUCAGAGCUGCAGUAGGCACAAAUAUAGUCGAUGUUCAUAGCAGCAGCUCUUCCAAAGUUACCCGAACGUGUUCACACAACCCACGCCCGCCCACUCGCUAGAACUGAACACAAGGAAGUUUCUGCAGCAGCUGCAUUGCGAAUGAAUGCAUGCAAAUUUUUUGCUUAUUGGCCAUUUUGUUGCCUUUAAAUUGCAUUGAACAGAAUUUACAUUGCUAACGAGGCGCAUGCCAAAAUUGCUGUUGCCGCCAAUUUAGAGACCCGGCCAUUGAACGCGCUUAUACGUAAGGCAUGGACACUGCGGCCGCCGCUGCCGCUGCCGUUGUCGUUGACCUGAGCGGCGAGUCGGUCGGCAAGUCCACUGCUAGCAAGCUGAUUAGCAAGCCCAACCUAAAGCCAAAGCCGACGUCAAGCUACGUAGCAGUAGCUGCAGCAACCACAACGCCAGCUCCAUGCAGCGUUGGCAGUGAGCACGAUAUCACCAACAACUGCCUGGGCAGCACCGUGGAGUCAAUGUCUGCUACGCCGCCACUAACGCCGCGGCGUACACGCGUCAUCUGCCAUGAGACUGGAGAUAGCUCAGCCGGCGGCACGGGCAAUGGCGAGUCCCAUGCUCGUGCCAUAGUUAUGAACGGUCUCAAGGAUUUGGCCGGGGAGUGUUGCCAUGCGGAGAGCAUAACGCCAGCACGCGCGCCUUUAAUGCCCGCAACAUUAACGUCUUCCACGAACGCUUCCACAACGCCAAUGUCUGCCUUGCUUACAGCACCAGCAACAACAACAACAACAACAACAGCAGCAACAACAACAAGCACACACACGACAACAGCAGCUGCAUCGACGACGACGACAACAACAACAGCGACGGGAAGCAGCGGCAGCAGCAGCACAACGAGCACAUCGGCGAACAUGGACCAGCUGCUACACUGGCAGGACAUGCCCAAAUAUCUGCAGUUCAAUCCGUAUGUCCUCCACGGAUACCGUCCGCUUCAGACCUUCAAGGGCUGCCUGCUCAGUCUCUUCUAUUGGCACAACGAGACCAUCAACAUACUGACGCACGCAAUACCAAUAUUUUACAUACUGGCCAUUGUACCGGGUCUGAUGCCAUGGGACCAUGGCUACAAGUUCCUCUCGUUUUGUCACGUAUUUGGCUCGGUGGCGCCUUGGUGCGGCAGCUUCGUCUAUCAUCUGUUCAUGAACAUUGAGAAGGGCGAGAAUGUGUACUAUACGCUGCUCAAGCUGGACAUGGUCGGCAUCUGGGUGAGCCAGAGUUUCGGUGCGUUGCCGUUGGUUACGGCGACGACGCUGUGCUUUUCUCCAGUUCUUAAGUGGUUCAUUAUUACCUCUUACUGUCUGCUCUCGCUGUGGGGUCUGUACAAGGCGCUGACCGCCAGCUCACCGUGGCAGAGGCGUCUCUGCUUCGCGCUGCCCUUUGCCAUGCGCUCCGUGCUGACCUUUCUGCGCAUCCAAGGAAUGGUGGGCGGCAGUCACAUGGCCCUUUCCCAUGUCUAUCUGCAGGAUGGCGUUUCAAUAUUAGGCGGCGCUAUUGGUGCCAUGCGCAUACCCGAAAAGUGGUUUCCGGGUCUGGUCGAUUUCUAUCUGAACUCGCACAACAUUAUGCAUGUGCUGGUCGUGGUGGCUGUGUACUCCAUGCACAAGGCCACAAUCAAGGACUUUGAGUGGAUGUCUACUCAGACCUGCAAUUCGCUGGCCAAUGCUACCGAACCGUCGCUGGCCCAUAUGGAACUAUGACCCGCUUACUGGCUGCUACUGAUCCUGCUCCUCACACUGCUGCUCUUGAUAAAGCCUCAACCACGACGCGCCCCAAUCAACUGGAUAAUGGAAAAGGAGCAUUCGCGGGCUGACUAGACAAAACCCAAAGAAUUAAGGAGGGAUACAAAUAAAGCAAAGAAAAUGCUUCUCGAAUAUACCGUGUAUAAAUGAGCGCGUGCUGUAACAGUAACAAUAUGAAUAAGUUAAUAGUUAAUAGUGAAUAUAUGUACAUAUGUAUAUGUAUAAUUAGUACAUA